UCUUCUCUCUCCUUUCUUUCUUCAUCGAUGGAGAGAGCUAGCUAAGCUAGUUCUUCUCAUGAUCUUAAGGACACUUCACAAUAUCACACCUGCUGAAGAUGAGGAUUAUUAGAAGAAAACAACGAGAGAAAGAUGGUAGCCCCUCCCUCCCUUUUCUUCCCUUCAAAAUAUUAAUAAUAAUAUUAAAAAAAGCUGAUAUAGUUUUUUUUUUUAACAUAAAAAAGAUAUUUAUAAAAGAAAGCUGAGGUAACCGAAAGUAAUACCUUCCUCCUUUUCCUUCUCUCUCUUUUCCACCCUCCUUCUCUAUCUAAUAUCUAAUAUCUAAUAUCUCUAUUAUCUAUCUAUCUAUCUAUCUAUCUAUCUUCCCCCUCACGCUCAGACUCAGGCCCUCAUCCUCUUUUUUUCACUCUCACACCACAACUAAACCCUUCAUUCUCAUUUCAUACUUUCAUAGACAUAAAAAGAGAACCGACUAAAUUAUUAGUUGGUUUCUUGAAAAAUUUCGAUGAUAGGCAAUACGGCAACCUCGGCCUCCCCACUUCUUCCUAAUUCUUCCGAACCAUACUCUUGCUUAGAAAAUGGAAACAACAACAUCAACAACAAGAGGAAAAGAAGGCCUGCAGGGACCCCAGAUCCGGAUGCAGAGGUGGUGUCUCUGUCCCCAAAAACACUACUAGAAUCGGACCGGUAUGUGUGCGAGAUUUGCAACCAAGGGUUCCAGAGGGAUCAGAACCUGCAGAUGCAUAGGCGGCGGCAUAAGGUUCCUUGGAAGCUGCUGAAGAGGGAGAGUCCUGUUGUGCGGAAGAGGGUUUUCGUUUGUCCGGAACCCACCUGCCUACAUCACGAUCCUUGCCAUGCCCUCGGUGACCUCGUUGGAAUCAAGAAGCACUUCCGAAGGAAACACAGCAACCACAAACAGUGGGUUUGCGAAAAAUGCUCCAAGGGCUACGCGGUUCAGUCCGAUUAUAAGGCUCAUCUCAAAACCUGCGGCACUAGAGGCCACUCUUGCGAUUGCGGCCGCGUUUUCUCUAGGGUGGAGAGCUUUAUAGAGCACCAAGAUGCUUGCAAUAUGGGGCAUCUCCGGCAAGAACCACAAGUCCAGCCCGCAUGUCUGUCCAGAACGGCAUCGAGUCCAAGCCCCUCCAGCGACACUAACUUCAGCAGCACUCCCGCUCCCAGCAAUAAUUGGCCUGCUCUAGUAACGGCACCACCCACAUUGAAGCCCGUGGAUGCCAUCUUCUUAACCCCCACGGGGGACUCCAACAACAACAACAAUAACGAUCACAAUUUAGACCUCAAACUGUCAACUGCAUCAAAUGGUGUGAAAGGGCGGAACAAUAAUAAUAGUAAUAAGGGUUCUUCAACGAAACUUGAGCUGUCGAUGGGGUCAUUUGAUUUUGAGGACGAGAAGAAAAAGAUGUUGAAAUUGGAUGAUGGUGGGGCUGGGGAUGUUAGAGAAGAAGCACGGGAGGAGCUAAGGGUGGCGAUGGCAGAGAAGGCAUACGCGGAGGAAGCAAGGAAGCAGGCUAAGAGGCAAAUAGAAAUGGCAGAGGAAGAAUUCGGGAAUGCAAAGAGGAUGAGGCAACAGGCACAGGCUGAAUUAGAUAAGGCCACAGCCCUUAAACAAGCAGCAAUCAAACAGAUAAACUCAACCAUUCUUGAGAUCACUUGUCAAGCUUGCCAGAAGCAGUUUCAAGCCAAAGCUAAAACUAAAACUAAAACUACUACUACUACCACUACCACGACCACGAGUGCAGCCACUGAUCAUGACAAUUAUUCCUCCGUAGCAUUCAGUUAUGUCUCCUCCGUCAUUACAACCGAAGGUGAAGUAGAGAAAGAUCAAUCAACUAUUAUACCUAAACCGCCCAACAAUUAACCCUACCCUACCCUACCUAUCUCAUAUAUUAUAUAUUAAAUGGAUUGUAUUUUUUUUUUUUAAAUAUUGUUUCUUUCUUUUGUCUCAGUGAUAAAUAAUCUUCGCCUUUAUAUAUUAUGAUUGUUAUUUCUUAA